GUCACAUCCUAUUUUCGGUCCUCUGUAACCCAUUUUGGCACUGAAAAGCUAGUGUGGUCGGGGGGACAGAUGUUGGUUUGACAUUUUCCCCUGAUCGGCGGAGAUACAGUAUAUCUUCCCUCCUCCACCACAAACACGCACGUCGGCAACGCAACCUCUACGAUAAGCAAAGAUCAUGGCAAAGUACCGCUCGCACCAGCGCAAGAUCCCAAAGGAGCGCAGGGUGGCUGGCUGGAAGGCCGCGCUCAACAAUCCCUCGACGUCGUCCGAGGGACGCUCUCAUGCACGCAGGCAGCUCCUCAUGGUGAGACGCGCGCGCGCAGGUUCCCUCACGCAAAGGCCACAAGCAGGCUAAUACUACUCCUCACUCUUCCCACCACCACCAGAGGGGCCACUUCAUGGACGCCUUUGCUUCCAGAAGCAUCGGUACGAGGAUCCGCAGCAUGCUCGGCCUGCGCGCUCCCCACCGCAAGUGACCUUUGCUUUCUCCUCCCGCUUGUCUUAAAGCGGGCUUCAUACCCUUCAAUUGAUUCCUGAGAGGCUGCAGUUGGUCUUGCUCCGAGAAUCUAGGCCGAUUCC